CUAUUUAUGCGUUUUUUUUUUUGUCCGGAAUUCGAUAGAGUACAGCUUAAAUGAUAGAAAUCGUUUUCAGAUAUGUGCAUUUUUAUCUUUUUUUGCCUCGUGAAAAGGUAUGAAAAUCUCACCACAGGAUACCCGCCAGACCAGAUUUCUAAAAAAAGAAUUGCUCUUUAUCUAUGAAUCCGCUAAUGGUACCGGUGGGCACCGGUCUCGAUAUUAAUUACAAUCUCAUAGGCUAUAAUUAUAUCAAAUUUGGUGCUUUUGUCCGCUGUGUAUAGAUUGAGCUCUUUUUGUGCGCUAAGCGACCCGACUAAAUAAAUACCUCAUACGAGCAUUGUUCAGAACCACUCUAUUUCAACUUAUUUUGUGUAAAAUCACUUAGUGGUUAUUUGAAAUUAAUCGUGAAACCAUUAAGUUUUGCUAUGAAUUUAGUGAUUUUUCAUUUAACUGUCUAGUGCGCAUAAAACCUACGUUGUUUUGGUGCAUUCUGACAAAAAUAAAUCACAAAAACAAAAAAGGAAGCAUGCUGUUGGCAUGCUCUCCAGGCGGAGAUUGGUAGAUAAAGUUUUCCAAGUGCAAUGAAGUCUAGGGUCAAGAAUUUCAAUUAAUUCUUGUUUUUUUUAAUUCCAUUACUCGGGCUACCUGUGGAGGUUUCAGUUUUCAAUCUAUCAGUCUAUCAUCACCGAGUAAUGAAAUUCAAUAAUAAAACUGGUGAAGUACUUGUCCCGUUUGACAUGGAAUAGAAAGGCUUGUCAAAGGUCUCAUCAGACUAUAUUUCGUUCGCACUCCUCACGCGAAGGUACUUACAAUUUCUGGAACGAAAGAGUUUGUUUACUUCAAAGACAUGGAUGACAUAAAAACGAAAACGUCAAAAACCAAAGCUCAUAACCGGAUGUUUGAUGACGUAUUUGAUCACGUGAACCAGUUCAGUCGUUACCAGGCCCUGGUGUACCACGGUGUGAACGCAUUGUGUAUAUUCCCAAUGGCACUACCGUACUCGAAUGUCCUGUGGGCGAUGGGAAUCCCAGAAUACCACUGCGCAGACUCUAACACGACGUGCCUUCCCAGUGAGUGCUGUCACAACUGUACGUCGUACGCUUACGAUGGGCCCUUCUUCAGCACUGCGUCUGAGUGGAACUUGAUUUGCGAGAAAGCUCACUUUUCCGCUGCCGUUCAGAUGACAAUGUUCGUAGGAAUGCUCUUCACAGCUAUCGUCGUUGGACCUCUCUCGGAUAGAUUCGGUCGUAAGAUCUGCGUCUUCGCCUCGAUGGCAGUUCUGUUUUUAGCCUCCCUUGGAUCGUCAUUUGCCAACUCCGUUUGGCUGUUUGGCUCUCUAAGGUUUCUCGUGGGCUGUGGAGUGUUGGGGGUUUUGCUUCCUCAGUACACACACAGCCUAGAGAUACUGGGACCGAAGUUGCGGACGUAUGGAGCUAACAUGGUCGAGGUCUUUUGGAUAACGAGCGCGAUGUUAUCCUUGAUGGUGGCGUACUUUAUAAGGGAAUGGAGGACCCUGCUUUGGGUGUCUUCACUCUCGUGCCUCGGGCUUUUCCCGUUUUACAGAGUAAUUCCCAGGUCCCCUCGAUGGCUUGUCGCUAAUGGUCUACUGGAUGAAGCACUUGAGAUCCUUAUGAAAUUUGGCGGGAAGAAAGACAAGCCUGUAGACCCUGUGAAAUUGCGGGCCUUACUCGAGGAAGUGCGUGCGUGCCAGCUUGCCAAGGAGGCGAAAGAGAGGCACACGCCUGUGGAUCUAUACCGGACACCAAAGAUGCGAAAAUGGACUGCUAUUCUGAGUUACAAUUGGUUCGUCACCAAUCUUUUGACCCAAGCAUUUUACCUUUUCAUCACUUCUCUCGCUGGCAACAUGUACCUGAACACCCUCCUGAUGAUCUCUGUAGGAUAUCCAUUUAUUCCCUUAGUGUGGUUCUUGCAGUUAAGAAUUGGCCGCCGCCUAACCUACGCAAUGUUCAUUAUAUUGGCGACAUGUUUUUGUCUGAUGAUUAUUGUGACACCUACUGAUAAUGGAAUGUUGAUUACCGCUUUUGCCAUCUGCGGAUCUGCAUUUACCUAUGGGACGUAUUGCCUUAUUUACGUCAUGUUCGCGGAGCUCUUCCCCACAGUAAUCAGGAAUACAGCUCUAAGUACAGGAUCUACGGUAGCGAGGCUUGGAAACGUAUUGGCCCCUUUUAUGGCAACGAUGGCUCACCUUCCUGGCAUCUCUUUGAAGCUACCAAUCGGAAUCUUCGCCGGGCUUACAUUGAUGGCUGCCAUAGGAACCUACUGGAUCCCGGAGACCAAGCUUGCACCGAUGCAUCAGACAAUCGAGGAGGCGGAGAGCGCGAAGGAUUAUUAUGGGAUGCCGUGCUGUGGAAACUCAAGGGUCGAAUCACGGGUCGAGACCAAAAUUACCGGCGAAGAUUUGACAGAUAUUAAGUCAGUAUCCAUGGAUACAAGAUUAUAAAAAGAUAGUUUUAUACACAAAGCUAUAGAUAUUAUAUUUUCCAAGUUAUAUACUAAGCUGUAUCUAUUCAAAGUUUAUAUACAUUCAUUAUUUUCAACAAAAUUAGACAGUCGAUCCCACUUAUGGUGGUGAGUUAUUUGUGUACAUCAGUUUCCAUAAAUACAAGACUAUAAAAGAUAUUGUCUUUUCCAAGUUAUAUACUAAGCUGUAUCUAUUCAAAGUUUAUAUACAUUCAAUAUUUUCAACAAAAUUAGACAGUCGAUCCCACUAACGGUGUCCAAGACGAGGAACGUGGAACGAGGAAGGUCAUGCAAAUCCAACCGGUAAUUCUCUGAUGUUCUAGUUGGCAAACUUUCUAAAAAGUUUGAAUGGUGGCCACGGUAGCGCGUGUCGCACGGUAAUGGGUCGCUUUCUAUUUUGUGUUGUUUUUUACAAUUUGCAAAGAAUUUUUUUUUGGUUUUAUUGCUAGUUUGGAAAAAAAGAACAGAAGUUUUACCAAUAUUGUAUGUGUUCCUGUAUUGGUCUGUUGCUUUUGUCUCGACCUGCGUCUAAACGUUUAUUGCGGUUUCUAAUAAAUUCUGAAAACUCUCGCCAUAAUUUCCAAAAUGAUAAAAUCCCUUCUUUUUUGAUGCGUCAAUUGAAUUUUGAGUUUUGUACCCUGUGAAUGGUCAAAGGAUUGUUGUGGGUUUGGACUAAUGGAAUCCAUUAGUCCAUUGGAAUCCAUUGCGACUCAUUCGCAGAUUUCACAAAACCGCAGUAAUCCAAUUGAUGACUCGUUCUGGCAUUGAUAUAGCUCGUCAUAAUUUUUUUUUUCCUCUGAGAAAAUUAAUAUUGAUUGUUUGAUUGAUUGUUAUAGAUGAUUGAUUAAUUGAAUAAAAGUCGGCCCUCUUUCCCAACAAAUAA